AAUACUGCACACACGUGACCUCCCUGUUUUUAGUCAGUUUAACGCAUGCACUUAAAAGACAAGCAUUUGACAUUUGCUUUCCAAACAAGCAUGCUUUACACAUUUUAAUGUAUUUUCGCUAAAACCACUUAUCGCGGAUUCUAAACGCUGAAGUGGACCAUGGCGGCUGCCACGAGCAGCAAUACAUCCACAACCACGCUUCAGAUAAAGCAUUCCAGUAUCGAACAUACGCGGAAACGUAUUGAUCCUCGGAGGAGACAAGCGGCGCUCUCAUUUCUCAGUAACAUUUCUUUAGAUGGACGACCGGUGCAAGACGAUGCUGACACUCAAAACGAAGAGGAUGAUUCAAUUGAGCCCAGGACUAGACAGAGCCUGGUUUCACCAGAGCGUACCAUGUACGCAGCUAGCUCUGGAGAAGCGACCUCGGCCACUCAGGCGCUCGCUAUUGCGAACCAGGCUCUCCUCGCGAACGCCCGUGCUAGUUUUGGGAUGGGUCCCGCUGCAGCCCUUGAGUCCGCAGAGGCGGAGGGCGAUGCUUUCAGCCCAUCCGUCUUCAACUCGCCUUUCUCCGCGGUACCGGUUGCGACUAGAGGGAGGCUGCAGACCUACACUCAGGGAAUACUACCCUCCGCCUACUCCAGGCAAGCCCCCCAAAACUACAGCUGCCUGGAGGGCGGACAGAUAGCUAACACUGCAAUAGAGCUGCAGAGAUCAAGACGCAGGCUCGUCUCCCAGCGGUCGUCCCUGGAGACUCUGGAGGACAUCGAAGAGAACGCUCCGCUACGCAGAUGCAGAACCCUAUCAGGUUCACCGCGACCAAAGAGCUUCAAGAAGGUUCACUUUAUUAAGAACAUGAGGCAACAUGAUAUGCGCAAUGGAAGGAUAGUCCUUAUCAGUGGCAGAAGAUCCUUCUAUAGUGUUUUUUCUGUCCUGCCCUAUCGAGAUUGUAGCCAAGCAGGGGAUGUGAAACUGGAAAGCGGGCGCCAGCGUCACCCCUCAGGCGGGGUCAGCGCCAAGGAGAUGGUGAUCGGCCUGGAGGGCGUGGAGCUGGGCGCCGACGGAAAGACCGUGUCCUACACGCAGUUCCUGUAUCCCACCAACGCCCUGGGUGGCCGUCGCAACACCAUCGACUCCACCUCCUCGUUCUCUCAGUCCCGCAACGCCAGCCAUCGCAGCCUCAGCCUCGGCCGGGCCAACAGCAACCAGAGUAGCAUUGACACCGGGAAUGAUGUCGGGGACGUAAGGGAGUACGACCCCAAUCUGCUGGAUGACCCGCAGUGGCCGUGCGGCAAACAUAAACGAGUGCUGAUCUUCCCCUCCUACAUGACCACUGUCAUCGAGUACGUCAAGCCGUCUGACCUCAAGAAGGACAUGAACGAAACCUUCAAGGAGAAGUUCCCCCACAUACGGCUGACGCUCAGCAAAAUACGGAGUCUGAAAAGGGAGAUCAAGAAGCUGGCCCAGGAGGAGUGUGGCUACGAGGAGCCCACCGUGGCCAUGGCCUUUGUCUACUUUGAGAAGCUGGUGCUCCAGGGCAAACUCAACAAGCAGAACCGCAAGCUGUGUGCCGGUGCCUGCGUCCUCCUGGCAGCUAAGAUAGGAGGAGACCUGAAGAAGCACGAGGUGAAGCUGCUCAUAGACAAACUGGAGGAGAGGUUCCGUGUGAACCGUCGAGAGCUGAUAGCGUUCGAGUUUCCCGUCCUGGUGGCGCUGGAGUUCAACCUGCACCUCCCCGAGCAUGAGGUCAUGCCCCACUAUAGACGCCUGCUGCAGACCUCCUAGCGAUGGUGACCCGUCAGGAGGACAGCCCCCCCCCCCCCUGCCAGGCUGCCCUCCUGAUCCUCUGGACCCCCCCCCCCCCACACACACACACCCCUCCAAGCACCACUGUCCAUCUGCCCACUACUAGUGGUCUGUACAUGCUCACUGCAGACGAUUGCUCUCAUUCUGUUCUCCAGAGACUUGAAAUCAGCCAAGUGACUCAUGCCUGUAUUACCAUUCUCGUGUUCUUUGAUAUUUACUUUUACAUAUUUGUAGAUCCUCAUUCUUAAUCACCACAGUUUAGGACAGACCUGCAAAAUGGAGCGUCUUAUCUUUGUAGAAUUCUUUUUUUCUCUCGGAAUUUGUAUGUUUUUCACACCUUUUUCAUCAACUUUUUAAACCUCUUUGGGGUUUUAUGUCAUUUUUAUAAUGAGAGAGUUGCAAAUGAUGAUCUCAGAGGAGAGACAUUUUAUCAUUUAGAUUCUGGGGAAUUAAUAAUUUUCUACUCGAAAGUAAGUGACUGCUUUGUGUAACCUUUUUCACCAUCUUUUUCAUAACCUUUUUUUUUUUUUUUUACUUUGCUAUGAUUGGUUGCCUUUUGCAUCUUCUCAAGAAUGAAACCAGGCACUGGAUUGGCUGAUUCUGACAGGACUGUUAUCUCUCACAUCGACCCACCUCCCAUCCCUCUUCACUAGAAGUGCACUUGAAUAUUGCGAGACAUGGAGGCCGUUAUUAUUUAGCCAUGGAAGGGGCUAUGGAACUGAGUCUGAAUAAGCUUGAUAAGAGUUGAUCUAAAGAAGUCUACACUAAAGGGCCGCCACUGUUGAUUUGCUAAUUGCUAAUCCAUUGUUUUCCUGGCACCAAUCUGCUAUCAGCAUGACUAUUAAUGGACAAAACAUUUUGAUUGCAAAUAAUCAAUACCGAUUUGAUGGGGAUUUUUGUAUUCUGAAGAACUCUUUGGACCCACAGUGAACACUCUUAUCAAUGUGAUGUCUCCUAUGCUCUAUGUUAGAGUGUAUUAUCAGCACGUUUAUAGUGCUGGACUGGAAGGAGGAAAGCUAUUGAAAGAGCAUGACGCCAUUAAUCAGUAACUAAGAUUUAAUACUGUAACCGAACCUGAGUCAGUGUUGUAAACCUGUCAUAGCGUGUCUCAACGACUGCCUAUGGAGAAGUGAAUUGACUGAUGAUCAAUUGGAAACAAAACAUUCUUUAAUAUUGGCCCUUUGCUGAUAGGAAAGUACCAGAUCUCAAGUUCUGAAAUGUGUAUUCAGAUUGAUUCACUUGCUAAACAAUACGUCAACGAGAAGAAUGGAGUCGUAUUUAAAUAGACCCACCAAUGUCAUAUAAUUCAGAGAAUUCAAAAGAGUUUGCAGUCUGCUGCCAGCUCUGGUCACAUGAGUAACUGUCGUGAAUGGUGCUGUGGAAUGUACAAAAUGAUCCUAAAACCGAUCAGUCCUGACUAAAUAAACGAAUAAGAGGAGAUGGAUACUGCUAAUCAGAGCUGAAGUAUUGUCUCCUUCUCCUGCUUGUCAUCCCAAAGAUGUUGCUGUCAAGUACACUAGAGGGGCUUCGCGGGGAAGCUCAAGGUCAACACUCACAUGCGUGUGUACCUUGUAAAUAUACUGCUUUGCUUGUUCAAUAAAAACAAGAUUU